AUGGCCCAGCUCUCCGACUACCGUCUCCUCUGCUUCGACGUCUACGGGACCCUAAUCGACUGGGAGGGUGGCAUCCUCGCCGCUUUACAACCACUCCUUGCCAACCAAAACCAAUUCACCCGCAAGCAGCUUCUGACCGAGUUCCACAAGCUGGAAGCCGAGCAGCAACAGCUCACACCCGAUAUGCCGUACUCGCAGCUCCUUGCCACCGUCCACCCCCAGCUCGCUAUACGCCUGGGUCUCCCCACGCCUAGCAAGGAAGCCAGCACGACAUUCGGGGAAUCCGUCGGAAGCUGGCCCUCGUUUCCAGAUACCGUCGAGGCCCUCCGUAAACUAUCAAAGCACUACAAGCUCGUCGUUCUCUCGAACGUGGACAGGGCUUCGUUCGCCAAGUCCAAUGCCGGCAGUUUGCAAGGUUUCCCCUUUGACAAGAUCAUCACGGCGCAGGAUAUCAGCUCGUAUAAGCCUGAUGCGCGGAACUUUGAAUUUAUGAAAACGGCGGUGCAGGCCGAGUUUGGCGUGGCGCCGGAUCAGAUCUUGCAGACGGCGCAGAGUCAGUUUCAUGAUCAUCAGCCAGCGCGGAGGGCAGGGAUUAAGUCUGUGUGGAUCGAGAGGCCCGGGGCUACGAUGGGGAAUCAGGAUGAUCCUAUUUUUGAUUGGCACUUUGCGACGCUGGGUGAGAUGGCGGAUGUAUUAUAG